CACUAGUGGCACCACUCAAAUUAAUAAGCCGGAACCGGGAUAACUAAAGCGGAAUAUCGCCAAUAUGUCACAGCCAGGGCAAGGGAAGGGGGAAACGCAGAAUAGUAAGAAUGGCCACGCAGCUAAUAAAGCGAAUGGCGCCUCGGAGAGCAGUAAGUCGGAAAUAGUGGCUCCACCAAGCAUAACGCGACAUGUCUCGUGCGGAGGUGAUGAAAUCGUUGAUCCCUUCUGUGAUCCCAAAAAUCCGCGUCGCAUUUCUUUCCAUGAUGUGACAUCGGCUGCCUUUUUGAUAAAAGGUGGAGUGGAGCGCACCCCGUGUCCAAGGUCCACAUCGUCAGACACAUAUGGCAUGGAUUUAUAUUUGAAAAAGGACUUUUUGCAAUAUACAGGCAGCUUUAAAGAGCGGGGAGCGAGGUAUACACUUCUCUGCCUUUCUGAGGAGCAAAAACGCAUGGGAGUGAUCAGUGCCUCGUUGGGAAAUCAUGCUCUGGCACUGUGCUACCAUGGCUGGAAAUUGUCAAUACCUGUCACCGUGGUGAUGCCAAAAGCAGCUCCUAUUAUGAAAGUACAAAAGUGUCGCAAUUACAAAGCUCGCGUGAUAGUUGAGGGUCAGGAUAUGGGGGAGGCUAAGUCGUUGGCCAUGCGCAUGGCACGAGAACAACAGCUGCUAUAUGUAAAUGGCUAUGAUCACCCGCACAUUAUGGCCGGACAGGGUACCAUUGGCCUAGAGAUUCUGGAGCAGGUGCCCGAGCCAGAUGCAGUUGUGGUGCCGGUGGGCGGUGGCGGACUUAUCGCCGGCAUUGCGACAGCUGUUAAAGCGCUCUCGCCGAACACAAAAAUAAUUGGUGUUGAAUCAGAGAAGUGUGCGAGCUUUACACGUGCAAUGGAACAUAAAGGGCCCAUAAGCACGCCUAUCAAAAACACGUUAGCUGAUGGCUUGGCCGUUCCCAAGGUCGGAGUCAACGCAUACGCCACAGCAUUGCCACUAAUUGACCGAAUGGUUGUGGUGAAAGAGGAGUGGAUAGCGGUGGCCAUCUUACGUUUGGUGGAGGAGGAAAAGUGCGUGGUCGAAGGUGCUGGCGGUGCUGGACUGGCUGCCAUACUUGCUGGCCAUCUGGACGAUCUAAAGGGCAAGAGAGUUGUGGUGCUCCUCUGCGGUGGUAAUAUAGAUACCACAGUCUUUGGGCGUUGCCUGGAGCGUGGGCUGGCAGCUGAGGGUCGUUUGGUCAAGUUCAAUGUGGAGGUCAGUGAUCGUCCUGGAGGCAUAAAUGACCUAUGCGCUCGGCUUGUUCGAGUAGGAGUAUCAAUCAAGGACAUUAUGCAUGAACGAGCCUGGCUACGCGAUAUUUAUACGGUGGAGGUCAAAGUGGUCUGCGAAACGGUGGACUGGGCGCACAGCUUAGAGCUGAAGAACGAGCUUAAGAAAUUCUAUACCAAAGUGGAGUUUUCCGACGUUCCAUUGGCAAUUAACAAAAAGCUUUAGAUAAACUUUUUAUUUAUAAAUAUACUAUUUUCAACAUUUCUUUUUAAAUUUUAUUGCAUAAAAUUUUCAGUGAUGCAAAUAUUUGAGCUUAAACUUAGAGCUUGAAUGUAUAUUAUUAAAGUUGUAAACUUAGUAGAAAUGUAAAUAGCAUUAAAUAAAUAUACAAUUUAAUAAAAAGCCAUUCCAAGAGCCCAUAAAGGAACAGGAAAUAGCAA